UUAAAAUCCCUCUAUGAAUAAUUAAUGAAAACUACAUCCCAGCUGAUGACAUAUGAUGGACUGUAAUAUUUGGUAAUGUUAUAUUUUAUACUGCAAAUUAAUCAUGUCCACCAAAAUGGAGCUUACAAAAGAAGUAGAAAAAUUAUUAAACAAAGCACGAACGUUAAAAUUGCGUAAUGAAGCUUAUUUUCAACAAUCAAAAUCUCAAACAUCUUCAUGUAAUGUGUCAAGUCAAUUACACUUGGAUGCGGACAUCAACUUGGAAGAUGGUGAAGAUGUAAAUCAAGAUAUCAUUGAUGUUAAUGCCAUAGAUUUACAAGAUGAUGAAACUUGGUUAUGCAAAUUAGAUACGCCUUCAAAACAUGAAGAUGUUUUUAGAUGGAUUCGAAAUGAUAUCGAAGAAGUAAAAGAUUCCAGAUACCAUGGACAACAAAUUAUAUUGCAGUAUGAAUUAACACGACUCACUAAUAAAUUAGAUAAUAAUAUAGAUUCGCGUACUUUUACAAGACCUAAAAAGAAAAUGACUAGGCCUAGUUUAGAAAGUAUAAAUUCUUCUUUUAAAUAUUCUGCAUAUAAGAAUGAUGAUUUUACAGAAACACCAAAUGUGUGCAAUAGAGAUACCUCAGAUUUACGAUUAAGUUUAUUAAAAAAUACGGAUACUUAUCGAAAGAAAUCAACGACAAACGAUUCAGUAUUUUUACAAGAUUUUUAUAAAAGUACUAAAGAUGAUACAAUCGCAAAUAUACAAAGAAUAUCAAAUAAAAUCAAGGAAGUUGAAAAUAAUAGUAGUUUCAAAAACAUAUCGAAUAAUUUAGAUCUUUCGGGUAGUUUAGAAAAUAUAAUACGUGGCCAAAUGCAAAAAUUGGAGGUGAAGCAAAAGCCUAACUUUCAUGUGGAUGAAUUAGUACAAAAUUCGUCACCUACACCAAGCUUGAUGUCAAAUUCUGGUUUUCAUUCAUCGAAUUUUACAAGUUUGACUGAAUCUGAUUUUAUAACCGCUGAAUGUCAACCACAAGAUUUGUUUACAUCAUACACGUCAACUGUUGCAACUGAUUUAACAGAAGAUCAAGGAGAUGUUAUACUAGGUAUGGAUGAAACAUAUGCGAAGGAUAUUCACAAUUUGUGUGAGACUAUUUCAAAAGAUAUCAAUAGUAAGAUACAAGAUACAACAUUUGUAGCAGCGCCAGAUGAUUUGGAUGAUACACAUUCAAUAGAAGAUGUAUCAAUAAAUAAUAUUACAUACAUCGAAUCACCGAGUUACAUCGAAAAAAGAGAAAACUUAGGAUCUGGUGAUAAUAAAGAUGAAAACAAUUAUGAAACACAUGAAGUGAAUAAUUUAAACAUAUCACAUAAACAAAACGCAACACAACAUAUCACAGAAAAACAAAGUACAAAAAUUCUAAAUGAAACAAAUGUUAUAUCAUAUUCGGAAUCAGAAAAAGAAUUCAUUGAAACUGAUACAGAGAAAUCGUACUGCGAUGGAAGUGGCGAUAAUACAUUUACAAAAUUAAGUGCAUCAAAUAAAAUUUCGUUAAGUGAUCCUAAUUUACUCGAACAGAAAUGUAUGAAUGAUGAUAGUUUGAUAAACCGUACAUUUGAAAAGUCAAAAAUGCAGAAUAUUCGGAAUGAAUCAUCGGAUAGUUUAGAUUUGAAUAGUAGUUUUUCAAGUAUUAAUUCAUCACGAAUUGUUGAUUUCGAUAAUAAAACGGUUGUAAAUGGUCCAAAUAAAUUUUUAUUACAAAGACGAUUAGAAUCAACUCCUAAACUGAAUAGUAAAUUAGUGAAACAAAGUUGGGCUAGUAUAGAAACGUUGUCACCCGUAUUGCAUUCAUCCCCAAAACGAGAAGCACGUCCUGUUAGAAGUGCUCAAAGUAUUGAUAAUACUACUAGAAUUACAAGAAAUGCAUUGUCUGAAACUAAAGUAAUCAAUUGUGAAUUAUCAGAAGAAGCACAACGAACAUUUAGACGAAUCGAUAAGACACAUAGUGUGUAUAAAACAACAGAGGAUGUUAGUAGUUUAAAAGAAAUGCAGCAAAUACCAACGAUGAUCGUAAAGCCUAUGGAAGUAAAAAGACUAGCUGCACCCUCUACAACAUCUACUGGAGAUUUGAAAGUGAAUAGUACCAUAACCGUACAACCACAAAUUAAACCGACCAUGUUACGUCAACCUGCAACUAGAAGUGGUUUACCUCGACCAACAUCGACAGCAUCUAUUGUAUCUGGUAUUCCAAGACCGCAGUCCAGGUUACCGGUUCCACGAUCUAUAAAACCGCCAUCAGCUAGUUUAACCAAACCUGUGAUUCCAACGAAAAAUAAUUGGAUGGAUGGAUGUUAUUAAGAUAUAAUUUUCAAAAACAAAAAACAUUUAGUAGUUCAUUUAAGUGCCUUGCA